ACCAAAAAAAACUCGUCAAGAGCAAGGGAACAUAGUCUCUUCUUGCUUUUGAGAAAAAAAAUAAUUUUUAUGUAGGAAAGGGUUAAUUUAUCAAUAAAAAUAUAUAAAAAGAAGUAGAAAAGAGAUAAUGCAGGGUGGUAAGCUUUUAACGGUGUUUGUGUGCCUUGUCUCGACGGUGGCGCUGGUGAACGCCGGCGAUCCUUACUUCUACUACACGUGGAACGUGACGUACGGAACCGCCUCGCCUCUCGGAAUCCCUCAACAGGUGAUUCUCAUCAACGGACAGUUCCCUGGUCCUAACCUAAACUCUACAUCUAACAACAAUGUCGUCAUCAAUGUCUUUAACAACCUUGACGAGCCUUUCCUCUUGACCUGGAGUGGUCUCCAGCACAGGAAGAACUCAUGGCAAGAUGGUGUGACUGGGACCUCAUGCCCAAUCCCAGCUGGCACCAACUUCACUUACCACUUCCAGCCAAAGGACCAAAUCGGUAGUUACUUCUACUACCCAUCCACCGCUCUUCACCGUUUCUCCGGUGGUUUCGGUGGCCUCCGUGUCAACAGCCGUCUCCUCAUCCCCGUCCCUUACGCUGACCCCGAAGACGACUACACCGUCCUCAUCAACGACUGGUACACCAAGAGCCACACCGCUCUCAAGAACUUCCUCGACAGUGGCCGUACUCUUGGCUCCCCUGACGGCGUUCUCAUCAACGGUAAGUCCGGCAAAGUCGGAGGACAGGACAAGCCACUCUUCACCAUGAAGCCAGGAAAGACUUACAAGUACAGAAUCUGUAACGUUGGAUUCAAGUCCACUCUUAACUUCAGGAUCCAAGGACACAAGAUGAAGCUUGUUGAGAUGGAAGGCUCCCACGUUCUCCAAAACGACUACGACUCACUAGACGUCCACGUCGGACAGUGCUUUGCUGUUCUUGUCACCGCUGACCAAGCGGCUAAGAACUACUACAUGGUUGCAUCCACUAGGUUCCUCAAGAAGGAAGUGAGCACUGUUGGUGUGAUGAGCUACGAGGGAAGCAAUGUUCAGCCUUCAAGUGAACUCCCCAAGGCUCCAGUGGGCUGGGCUUGGUCUCUUAACCAGUACAGAUCCUUCAGGUGGAACUUAACCGCAAGCGCGGCUAGACCUAACCCGCAAGGAUCUUACCAUUACGGAAAGAUCAACAUCACACGUACCAUCAAGCUAGCCAACACCAAGAGUGUGGUGAACGGAAAGGUCAGGUUCGGGUUCAACGGUGUAUCACACGUUGACACCGAGACUCCCUUGAAGCUUGCUGAGUACUUUGAGAUGUCCGAGAAGGUCUUUAAAUACAAUGUCAUCGAGGAUGAGCCAGCAGCCAAGGUCACAACACUAACUGUUGAGCCUAAUGUCCUCAACAUCACUUUCCGUACCUUUGUCGAAAUUGUCUUCGAGAACCACGAGAAGAGCAUGCAGUCCUUCCAUUUGGAUGGUUACUCCUUCUUCGCCGUCGCUUCGGAGCCAGGAAAAUGGACACCAGAGAAGAGGAAGAACUACAACUUGCUCGAUGCGGUCAGCAGACACACCGUGCAAGUGUACCCCAAGUCGUGGUCAGCUAUCCUCUUGACAUUCGACAACGCCGGUAUGUGGAACAUCAGAUCAGAGAACUGGGAGAGAAGAUACUUGGGACAGCAACUGUACGUCAGUGUUCUAUCACCUGAAAAAUCGCUAAGAGACGAGUACAACAUCCCACUCAACACCAACCUUUGCGGCAUCGUCAAGGGCUUGCCCUUACCUACACCCUACACUAUUUAAUUAAACUCACUUCAACAAAGUUUUAUGUAUUUAUAAUUGAAUAUGUAAAAUUAUAUACUUUCCACAAGUGAGUGUAUUAUGUUACUAAUUAACCCUUUCCUAAUUUCAUUAAACAUACUAUUACUAUAACUACAAGAUCCAAUUGUUGUUUCACUAAUAUAAUCCUCAUUCUAACACAAGAGACUAUUGUUCAAUUGCAUUAUCUCAACAGUUAUAAGCAUAAAGAUAAGUUGUUAAGGUUGUUAUUACAAAUAAAAUAAAAAAUGUUGUGUGGACUGUACUUACCUCGUUAUACGGCUUUGUUCCUCAGCUUGAGCUCUUGUAAUCUUACCACACUCACCUCUGCGCGACACAAAGAAAGAUGUAGCCAAGGAAAACUUGCCGAUCAUAUUUUUUCUUUAAAAUACGAAAUAAAUUGUAAUUUCUUCAUAGCCUCUCCAAAGACAAAUUUGAAACUGAAAAGAUGUCUUAGUAAAGUAUUAAAAAUAUAUUUCAAAUCGGCAAGUCAUCCUUGGCUGCACACUACUUUGGUCACAUAUGCCUUCUUAUACACACAUGUAUGAUGUAUUUAUGAAAACCAAUAUACCAAGAAAUGCAUAUAUGAGUAUAUGGCAGCCAUAUUUUUCUAUGUUUUUUUAUCCUGAAUUAAACAAUAUAGAAGAAAGAGGAGGAAUAUGCAUAUGCUUUCUUUGGGUAGAUUAUGAAUACUACAAGACUCAUUCGCUCUCGAUUUAUAUAGAAGAUGGUGAAGAGAGAUGAGAGGGAAUUAAAAAUAAAUAAAAAGAGAGCAGAUUUGAGAUGCGUUCUUUUUUAUUUAUUCCCCCUUGAAGGCCGUAGAUAUGCAAAACCCUAAAAUUAUAAUGAAAUAAAGUAAAACCAGUUGUAAUAAAAUAAAGAUUGCAGAAUUAUAGAGAUUCGAAAAAGAGAUAACGUUCCUCCUUGUUUCUCCAUCCUCGUUGUAUUAAUUUUCUUAAGCUGCGAAA